GUCAUCGUAGCAUGCGAACGGCAACAAAUUAUUUUCUGUUGAAUCUGAGCAUUGCCGAUUUGCUCAUGUCAUCGCUGAAUUGUAUUUUCAAUUUCAUUUUCAUGCUGAACUCGGACUGGCCAUUUGGCACAAUUUAUUGCACCAUCAAUAAUUUCAUGGCAAAUGUAACGGUGUCGACGUCGGUCUUCACCCUAGUGGCAAUAUCCUUCGAUAGAUACAUAGCCAUUGUACAUCCACUCAAGCGUCGGACGUCAAGGCGUAAAGUACGCAUAAUAUUGGCAUUAAUAUGGAUUUUGAGCUGUAUCCUGUCGGCGCCGUGUCUACUCUAUUCGAACACAAUGACCAAGAGGUAA